CUCUUUCUUUAUUCACUGUCACAGCUAAUUAUUUGAACCCUUUCCUCCCAUUCUUCUAUCUCAACCCCCUCCCGCUAUAAAUCCUAAUUAAAACCUCACAUUGUUUUCAAUACCCCACAGCCAAGGUCUCCCUUUGAUUUUCUCUCCUAAGAUUUCAAGCUCAGAGAAGUAUUCUUCCUAUAAAUCAUUUUCAUAACCUCCUUUUCUUUAGCCAAACCACAGUCUUCCCUUUCUCUGUGUGACCCCAUACAGAGAAAAACGUUUCUUUUUUGACUCAGAAAUGGCUGCCUCGAAUUCCCUUACAAUCUCUCCAAGAAAGCUCCGAUCCGAUCUGUACUGUUAUUCAUAUCAGAAUGAUGCAAACACCCCACUGGUGAUAUCAGUCCUUGCUUCUCUAAUUGAGAGAACGAUGACAAGAAAUGAAAGGAUUGCCAAGAAUUGUAAGUGGUCGUUGACAAAAGAUUACAGGAGCAGAGUUUUCGAUUGCCAUGAGACACCCGACAUGACAAUUCAAUCAUACCUAGAGAGAAUCUUCCGAUACACCAAAGCCGGGCCGUCGGUUUAUGUUGUUGCAUAUGUAUAUAUUGAUCGGUUUUGCCAGGCAAAUCCUGGGUUUCGGAUUAACGCAAGAAAUGUACAUAGGCUUCUCAUUACAACUAUCAUGGUCGCUUCCAAGUAUGUCGAGGACAUGAAUUACAGAAAUUCAUACUUUGCACGAGUGGGAGGAUUGACAACGAACGAAUUGAAUAACUUGGAGCUCGAAUUCUUGUUCUUGAUGGGUUUCAAGUUGCAUGUAAACGUGAGCGUGUUCGAGAGCUACUGCUGUCACCUGGAGAGGGAAGUAAGCAUCGGAGGAGGUUACCACAUCGAGAGGACCCUAAGAUGUGCUGAAGAAAUCAAAUCAAGACAGAAUGAAGAAAGAAGAUACAAUCAGAUUGCUCGCAUUAUGUUGUAACUUACAAUCAUUGAGGGAAUUUUCAUUCUCCCAAAUUUUUGCUUUCGGCAAUGGUAUUGUAAUUUGUACUCUAGGUUUUUUGUGUACAGAUUGAUGUGUAAAAUAUGAAUGGUUUGCUUUGAAGUAGGGCCAAAAUUCAGUGUUGUAUAACUAUAACUAUGCUAUGAUUUUCAGCAAAUGCAAUACUUUUUAUUGUAUAAAUGUGUUUUGAGUACAAUAACAGUGUAUUAAAU